AUGUGCCCCCCACCUCCACCUGGUUUCCAAGUCACUUACAGUAUGGAUAAUGAUAAAGCUCGUUUCAAUACUGAACUGUCAUCGCCCAUGCUCAGGUCUGCUGGUUCUAGAGCUCGACCCCAUUCUUCCAUAGCCUGUUCCUCUUGCUCGCAGGUUUACUAUAGUGAGCCGAGUUCUUCUACCAUCACUACUGCCACCAAUUCAGCGCCCCAUUCGUGUACACUUCACAUAUCGUCGACCAGCGAUGUGUCAUUACCAAUUCAAUCUGUAACUUCAGCUGAAGAGAAUUUCAAUUCUGUC